GGCGGAGUCUUGAAAUCACGCUGUGUAGCACCUGGAGUAAUGUAGAUGUUGAAUGAUAUUGGUCUGGAUUUUUAGAAAAGCAUAAACUGAAAAUAAUUAGCGUAAUAUGUAGUUUUCAUUCAGGCACUAUUAUAUGUUAAAGUUUUGUUUUUACGACGUGGUGUCCAGUCUGCAUACGUUUUAACAAGUUGACUAAGUUAGCUACGUUAGCUAGCCUGCCAUGCUUUGCCGAAGGACAUCUGCGUGACUGAUGCUGGUAAGCGCUCGUUUAUUGAAUUGCCAUAAUCCAGUUUCCUCAAAGUUGACCAUCCAGUCACAGUAACUGUAGAGCCAUUUAUGUAUUUUCAUUUUAAGAACAUGGGGACUUGGAAUUUGGCUUGUCGGUGUUCCAGGAUGUUCGUCAACAGUAGACUGUUGAAUUUGGUAUCGGAGUCAGACAUGAGAGUGGGUUGUCACUUUGCAUCCUACCAUUGCGCUAGUGCUCUCCUCUGGCCUAAGGACAGCAGAGUCAAACCAGCAGAGGGGUGGCGAAGCAGUGCUAUAACCAGCUCUGGAAUGCGACACAGGCCUGCUGUGUCUGAAGUAGGAAAGUACAAAGCCGAAGGUCAGUCUGAAGACAUGAAGGAUGACCCAGAGACUCCAGCCUCCAGAAAUGUCUGGAGGAAAGAGACCUUAGUAUCCCGGGAGAGGAAGCCCAAUACAGACAGCAGAGUAUCAUCUGAGUUCCAGAGAGGUGCCCCAAUCAAACGGGAGAGGAAGCCCAAUACAGACAGCAGAGUAUCAUCUGAGUUCCAGAGAGGUGCCCCAAUCAAACGGGAGAGGAAAACAAAUACAGACAGCAAAAUGUCAUCUGAGCUCCGGAAGCUCAGCCUGGAUGACUUUCCAGAGGAGUGUGAGAGGCUAGUAAAGGACUCCAGAGAAAGACUGUCCAAAGAAGAACACAAUAAUUAUGAGACGUUGUUUGGUGUGUCUCCCUGUCUCCUGGCUCUUACCCAGGGCAGAAGGAAUGCUCACAGGUUGUUUGUGAAGGAGGGUGAGGCCUCUCGUAGGGCCUCCGUACGACAGGUGUGUGAGGAGGCCCAUAGGCAAGGUGUGCCAAUCCAGAGGGUUAGUAAGAAUGACCUGAACAAGAUGUGCUCAGGAGGGGUUCACCAGGGCUUAUGCCUACAGGCCAGUUUUUUGGGUUUCCUCACUGAGGACAAGACCUCCAAGCCCCCCAGGGACAGCAGUCACAUCCCCCUCUGGCUAGUCCUAGAUAGAGUGCAGGACCCAAUGAACCUUGGUGCCAUCCUGCGUUCUGCAUAUUUUCUUGGGGUGGACGGAGUUGCUAGCAGUCUUCGUAACAGCUGUCCGUUGACACCAGUUGUGAGUAAGGCCAGUUCGGGUGUAAUGGAGGUCAUGAGCGUGUAUGGCUAUGACAGCCUCGUAGAUAUGACGAAGGUGAAAGUGGCACAAGGCUGGCAGGUUAUUGGCACAGUGGGAGCUGAAGCAGAGAACUCCCAUGUUCCUGUCAUGAAAUGUUCCAAAUUCCAGAUGACAAAACCUACGCUUCUGCUGAUGGGUGGUGAAGGGGAAGGUUUGUCCCGGGAGCUGCGUCUGCAGUGUGAGGUCAUGCUCACCAUCCCAUCCCGCAGAGAUCUGCACCCUGGGGUCGAGUCCCUCAAUGUCUCUGUGGCUACAGGCAUCCUGCUGCACUCUCUGUUGUCGUCCCAUAGAGGUGGCCAUUGAUGCCCGACUAAACUACACAACUCAAUGUGUUUACUUUGGAGGCCCUCGCUGGGCUUAAUGACUGGAUUUACUUAAUCAAUUAUCAUUCAGGAUGUCUGAGAGGCCUGGAUGGCUGAGUGAUUGUGCUGGGGCAGCUGAUGUGCCCUGGCUGUGCUGCUCUGCACUGCUUUGGACCUUCAUGCUAGCUACUUUUCUGAAUGGUAACAUAGUAUGAAGUAAUGGAAAAUAAAUAAAACCUUGUCUACUUGCAAAGUUAUUGCAUUCUUUGCAACUUUCUAAUGUUAGCCGCUUGGGUUUUUAAGAUUUUUUACAUUUUAUUUCACCUUUAUUUAACCAGGUAGGCUAGUUGAGAACAAGUUCUCAUUUUGCACAUGUGAAUGUUGAAUCCAUAAAAAUACAAAUGCUUAUGAGAAUGUGGUCCCUGACGAAAGAGCUACUGUUGUGCUGUUAGAAUGGGUCAGUGGCUUCGGUUCAGCUAAAUUGAUUGCAAAUGCUGGUUUUGAAUAGAAAGGGAGGGGGGGAAUGGCCACAGGCUCUGGGCUAUUGCUUCUGGGGAGGGGCUGUUUAAAAUUGAUCAUGGGAACAAGCGGCUGCUAUUGAUAAGCAACAUUUGCCCUUUUAUCACUGUCAGAAUUUAACCAGGGGGCUCAUUUAUAAUUAAUGUGCACACAUGAAUUUGUGUGUGUAUAGUUGAAACAUUAUCACACAUUUUCAGGAUUUAUCAGAAGUUUAAUUGUUAGGACUUGUUCUUUAUUGAGCAUAUAUUUAACAAUUGCCUCAGACCAUGCUUAUGAGUUAGAUUUACAUAUCUGUUUUUGUUACAAUCUGAACCUAUAAUUUCAAGGAUUGCAUGCUUACAUCCAUUGAAAUAUGUUUUUGUGGGAAUGUAAUUAUCUCUACAGUGUAAAUACUCUCCUACAACUCAGAACAGUGCAGUGGAAGCUGAUGACUCUUUCUAUAUAUAAUUCUAUAUUCAUGAAUAGCUUUAUUAUAAGCAGGCUUAUUUGUUAUUUCCCAGUGUGCUGCAGUGUUUGGCCAUACAGAGAGAGCUGAGGAGGGGCUGUGAAUUGGCCUGAGGUACUUGGUUACUUAUACAAAAAUAUAAACUUAACAUGUCAAGUGUUGGUCCCAUGUUUCAUGAGCUGAAAUAAAAGAUCCC